GCGUUUGAUCAAAAGGGAAGGUCAUCCACUAAACUUGACCAUCUCCGAAGAGAGAAGACCUAUUGGAGAAAAUAAUGAACUACUUUCCAGAGAGAUUGGACUUCUUACACGGUACCAUGCACCUAUCCAACGUGCCGGGUGGCAUAGUCUUACUGAGGAUGAUAAGGAGCCGUUGUAUGAACUUCUAAAGCUUAAGUUCAAUCUUGAUUUCACCCAAGAUCAUAUCAAAGGCUGUGUGGAUCUGCUAUUCUCUUCAAGCUACAAAAGUUUCCGUCACAAGUGUUAUGAACAUUAUGUAAAAUCUGGUGAUGAUGCUAGAAGCAAUCCAUAUCCUCCCCUUAUUGAUAAUAGAGUUGGAGACUGGAUUUGGCUCUGUGAUCAUUUUGAAACAGAAGAAUUUAAGAAACGGUCCACAAUUGGGAAGGCUAACCGCUCAAACCUACCUUAUGUUCACAAGAAGGGAACAAAGUCAUUUGUAGUGGUUCAACAUGAAUUAAAUUGUGGCAUAUCAGACUAUACAAGGAGUGUUACUCUAGUGAUAAGAAGGGAUGGGCAUCAGAAGAUGCCAGGAAUAAACAUGUAAGUACCAUGUAACAAA